CUCUGGGGCCCACCCAGGCUCCUCUACAAUGGGUACCGGGGUCCUUUCACAGGGGUAAAGCCGGCCGGGGUGUGACACUGACCACUCACCCCUAUCUAGUGCCGAGGUCAACACAGUAAAGUUGAUGUGUGAAAUUUCAGUUCAAUGAUUUUCUUUCUGAACAAAAUGUUGAAGAGGUGCAGGUGUAUGUUUUCUCUGUGAAACCACACCGAAAUUAUCUGUUAUUAAACCGGAAAGACUUGUGUACACAUGAUUCUAGAAGUUCUUGUGGUGCGUUAUUUAAUUUACACACUGCGCCCCGUUCUUAAUCAUCAGUUAUCUUAUCUACGGAAGUAAAUACAGAAAAUAUUUGAAAUAUAAAUAACAUCCCCAAGGAAGAAGUCUUAGGUUAACAGCGACUUAAAGUUCAUUAUUAUUAUCCAACCAUAUUACAUCGAAACAUUAUUCAUUGGGACCAAUAACCUUUAAAAAUGUCUAAACAUUUUUCACUGCGACCAUGCAAAAUGUCAUAACAGGUUUCAGCCUAACAAACACAUGAAAAUUAAAUAAUUUGAUAAAAGUUUUCUUAUAUUCAUUGCAUUUUGCAGAAAUUGCCCCUUUGCUUCAGACACCCCUUGGCACUGUUUAACAUUACGAACUGAGUUCAGUGUACGUAUUUAGACUAAAUGCGUACUACAUGCUGAAGUCUGUUAGUUGCAACGAAACAUUCUACAGUGAUGGACUUCACAAAAGAUUCGCUUAUUUUAGGCCUACUGCUACUCAUUUUUUGCAGUCCUUCCAGUGCCUGCAGGAAAAAUCACGAACCCGCAGCAAAGGUCAUUGUUGUACAUUCACCCCCGCAAGAAAGAAACUGUCCUGCAUAUUGCACGAAUGGAAUUUGUAAUGAGCAUGGUUCCUGUACGUGCUGGAAUGGAUACAUAAGCACACACCCUCUAAAUCAGAUUUGCAAGCCUUCCUGUCCAAAGGGUUGUAUCAACAGUGAAUGUACUUCUCCAAACACCUGCUCGUGCAAUGCUGGGUAUAUUAGGGACAUUAGCGACAGCACUGUCUGCAACCCCAACUGUUUUCUGCAUUGUUUGAACGGCAGAUGCGUCUCCCCGAACACGUGUGUAUGUAACUUGGGAUACACUAAGGAUCCAACAGAUGAAACCGUCUGUAACCCUGUAUGUUCACCGCCAUGUGUGAAUGGUAACUGUGUUUCUCCAGACACCUGCAUGUGCAAUCCUGGCUACACUAAGGACCCUAUUAACACCAGUGUCUGUAACCUCAACAUCUUCAGCUAUGAGUGUAAAACAGGUUAUAUCAAACAUAACAGCCUUUGCAUUCCAUAUUGCCCAAAAGGAUGCACAAAUGGCAUAUGUACAGCACCUAAUACUUGCAAAUGUAAAGAAGGUUUUGUAGAGGACAAUGAAAAUGUCUGUAUCUUCAAGAACAGAAGUUAUUCUUCAACGGUAACUGACAGUGCAUCAGACCACCAGCUUCAUCCAGCCGCUGAUACGCACAUUCCACUGUGGGUGCUGCUGGUGUGCACGGCUGCCAUUUCUGUUCUCGUGAUAGGCACCGCAAUUUACCUCCGAUACUAUCGACGCGAAAGAAGACCACCUCCAUACAGCGAAUGCAAUCAUGGAGCUGGAAUUUGGAUCACCUCAAAAUAA